GCAAAAUAGAUUCAUGCGCAAAGCCACAGGCGCACCCUGGUACAUCAGGAAUUCCGACCUCCAUAGGGACCUCCGACUUCCUACGGUAGCUGCACACUUCAAGACGAUCUCAAAGAGAUUUUUCGAGACCGCGACGGUUCAUCCCAACCCACUAGUAGUCAAAGCGUGUGACUACUCCCCGUCACCCAACUCCCCGUUAGGCAAGAGGCGUCCAAAAGACGUUCUCCUAGACCCUGACGACAUAACGACAACAGACAACACAGACGCAACGAGCCCCACGACACAAAAUCACAUUCACACACACCGUCUUCGCCGGCGAAGACGAGGUCCCGUUUCAUACACGUCGCUCCGGCGUUCUGCCGUCGGGGGACGUCACGCAAUCCAAAAUCCAACUCCAUCCUCCACAACAACGACGUCCUAAGCCGAGGUCCGGCCUCCUAGAGGCACCCUUGGGACGGGCGUAUCCAUCAUCCGGGCCCUUCGGGCCCGAAGUAAACGGGUAGGUCCCAUCGGGCCGCCCACCCCUCCCGGUGACGCUGUAAAAGCCAAUAGGGCUAACAGCUUUUGUCAAUUCGAAACUAGAGUCAGACGAUUUUACACACGGAACGACACGCGCGCGCAACGCUAUCGUUCGGAACGUUCGAAAUCGUAAAGAAGUGAAGAAGAAAUAAUAAUAAUCGCAACGACUACAUCAUCAUGACCGGUCGCGGUAAAGGAGGAAAGGGUCUGGGAAAAGGUGGAGCCAAGCGACACAGGAAAGUACUCCGUGAUAACAUCCAGGGUAUCACCAAACCGGCCAUACGUCGUCUGGCACGCAGAGGCGGCGUCAAACGUAUCUCCGGUCUGAUAUACGAAGAGACCAGAGGCGUUCUCAAAGUAUUCCUAGAGAACGUCAUCCGCGACGCCGUCACGUACACCGAGCACGCGAAGAGGAAGACCGUCACAGCCAUGGACGUCGUGUACGCCCUGAAGCGACAGGGACGCACCCUAUACGGUUUCGGCGGUUAAACGUUCGGCGUGUCUAUACGUAUAUAACCGGCUCCCGACUACGUGAUAUAAAGCAGAAGAGGAACAACAACAACACCAACACCAACACCAACACCGACACCGACACCGACACCGACAACAUCAUCAUGACGAUAUCAUCUCAUCGUCACGAAGAAUAAACUGAUGAAAUGUCGUCUUGUCAAUAUAUAUACAUGUGUAUAUAUAUAUAUAUAUAUACGUCUCGCGUGUGACUGAGUGACCGAUCGAGCGAGUGCCUGUGCCUGUGCCGAUUCUUCUCCGCCCGACUGGAAUAUAAAUUUUCU